AUGGCAGAGUCCGCUGUUAGAACCGUGGUUGGGAGUGUGGGCAAUCUUGUUGUUCAUGAGACCAGAUUCUUAUGUGGGGUCACUGUUGAAGUGGAGUUCUUGAAAGAUGAGUUGAUGAGACUGCAGGCCUACCUCAAAGAUGCUGAUGAAAAAUGGAGGUCAGGCAACGCUAGAGUUGCUAUCUUGGUGAGUCAGGUUAGGAAUGCAGCUUAUGAAGCUCAAAAUAUCAUUGAAGCUGCAGAUUACAUGGAAAAGAAAAACAAGCUCGAUAAGGGAUUCAUGAGUGCUAUUUCAAGUUAUGCUCGCCUACCAAGUGACAUGGCCACCCUUCAUAAAAUAGGUGUAAGGAUUCGACGUGUAAGAAGGAAGCUCAAUGAGAUAUUUCAAAGUGCAGAACAUCUGAAAAUUGAUAUGUGUAAUACUCAUGUAGUUGUGAAUGAGUUUCCACAAGAUUCCGGACUUACCCACCAACACUGUGAAGAUGAUGUUGUCAUGGUUGGUUUUCAAGAUGAGCAUGGAGAAAUAGUAGACCAGUUAGUUGAUGGUGAGAACAUGCUAAGUGUCAUCUCCAUAGUUGCCAUGGGUGGGGCGGGGAAAACAACACUAGCUAGAAAAAUUUGCACCUCAUCUAGAGUCAGACAAAACUUCGACAUUGUUGCAUGGGUGACUUUAUCUCAAACAUUCAAGGGCAUUGAUUUACUCAAGGAUAUUAUGAAACAAAUAACAAAAAUGAUAAAUAUAUUUGCACACAUGCCUUGCCUGGUUGAUGUUCACCUCUCACAGUUGAGUGAUUUUGAUAAAUUGCCUGAGAGCAAUCACCUCCCACAAAACCUAAGAAGUUUCAAUCUAUCUUCUUAUGCCAUUAAACAAGACCCGAUGCCGGUGUUGGAGAAGCUUCAAUGUCUUAUGGUGUUGAAGUUGGAGGGGUACACUGGACGAACCAUGUCAUGCUCCGCCCUAGGUUUUCCUCGUCUGCAGAUCUUACAACUCUUACGUUGUCCGAACACUGAGGAGUGGAAGAUCGAGGCCGGUACCAUGCCAAGGCUUUCCCACAUGAUACUCGAGGGGUUCCCUAAGAUGAGGAAUCUCCCCGAGGGUUUGCUGCACCUUCCAUCCCUCAAUCAUUUGGGACUAUACAAAAUGCCCUUGGUUUCUGUUGGAGAUGACAAGACGUUGAAGGAGCUGCAACAGAAAGGAUGUGAGCUGCAGAUUUCCUUUUCACGUGGGAACCAUUGGCACGAAUCUCGAAAAAGGCUGAAUAGAGACAGUGGCUAUGAUAUCAGCUUGGCCCGAGAUCAGCUGCGGAAUCUGCGCGUCCCGUAA